CCGACCUAGAAGAUAGUCUUGGGCCAGAGUUGUAUCUGAUAUAAAAGGCCCAACUCUAGGGUUUCGCUUUGUACUAGGGUUUUCGCUCACUUCCUCCCUCCCCAAGCAUUUGCAGCGGCGACCUCGAACAGCGAAGAUGCCUUCCCACAAGACCUUUAUGAUAAAGAAAAAGCUGGCGAAGAAGAUGCGUCAGAACAGGCCGAUACCCCACUGGAUUCGGAUGAGGACCGACAACACGAUCAGGUACAACGCGAAGCGCAGGCACUGGCGUCGCACCAAGCUCGGAUUCUGAGAUGUUUGGUUGCUCUAUACCUUUGCAUCAUUAUCUUAUUUUGAAUCAGUGUUAGGAGUUUAUAUAUUUCGGAGCUUGAUGUAUUGUAUUUCUUUUAAGAACCCUGUUGUAAGGAACGCACAAGAGUACUUCCCCUGACAUGUUUCAAUUUUUAUUUACUGAUUUGUGGAAUCUGAAUUGAUGGGUUAAUCUUGGUUUCGUCACAA